AUGAGAUCCAUCAAGCGGAUACACCCGACGAGCGACGAGACUCCGCCGUGGGCAGGCAUGGCUUUCACUCAGCCACUCGAUUCCGAUGCUCUACACGAACUUUUGAAAAACCAAUAUCCACAAUGUACCAGUAUGCGCCAGCGGAAGCAUUUGGCCGCCAUAGACUUUCUGAACCGCGAACUUGAGUCGAUGCAGAACGAAGCUAUACUUCUUCAAGCGUCCCAUCCAGGUCCCGAGGAACUGGAUGUUUGCAAGCACCAAAGAAGCCUUUCGCCUUCUUUGUCACAUAGCAGUUCGUACAGGUCGCCGGCACUUGUGGAGCAUCAUCUACAGCAAUCUCCUACCAUCACCAAGAUUGCAACUGGUCAGCAACAUGUGUUUAGUGUUGUGGAUGGAGGGCUUGCGAUACAGCCGAAGAAGAAGCGCAAGAUGACACCUGCGGAACGAUCUGCCUAUAAGACUACAAGAAAAAUUGGUGCUUGUGAAAAGUGCAAGCGCCAGAAGGGCAAGUGCACUCACGUCAUCGCAACCCCCAUGCCUGUAGGAAAGACCCUCCGGGAUGACGACAUUACUUUGCAAAGACCCGGGGCAACGCUGCCGGUUAUGGUGACCACGCACAACGAUCAAGAUCUGGCUCGAGCUCGCAAGGACGCAAAAGACUCGUCGCAGUCGGUCACAGCACCAAGCAGCCCGCAGUGGGCUCAAGAGACUCAGGGAAUUCAGCAAGGCAAUCAGUCAGAGAUAUCGGGGUACGUACCUUCACAUGUCACUGGAUUUUACCCCAGGUCUCCAUACAACAACCAUGAAAUCCAAUGGAACGAUCAAUCCCCCUUCGUCGAAUCUCAGUCGUUUCAGUCCAGUUAUGAUGGUCUUAUAGACCCUCAGGAUCAACCCGGAGAUUCUUCUGCGUUCCUGCAUUCACAAGGCUCGUAUGGACGACCUUGGAACCCAUCUACAGACUACAUGUCUGCAGCUAACUAA